UUAUAUAAUCAGGAUGAAAUUAAAAUUGGAAGAUGGAUUGACAUACAUGAAAACUAUAAUAAGUAUCUCUCCAUUAAUCAUCUAUUAAGAAGUUGUUUAAUAACUUUUUAAGGUGAAUAUAUAUUAGGAUAGAAAUUUGGGACGUGGAAAACUGAAAUUGAGGACUAAACAAUGUAAAUAUCUAGAGUAUGAUUAAGAGGUGGAGGUGAUUUUAAUUCAGAAGGAAAGAAGAAUGGAUUUUGGAUUGAUUUGCAUGAAAAUUUUAAUAAGUUAUAAAUUGUUUCUAAAACUUAGAAAUUGUGAAGUCAUUUAUUAAGGGACUUAUUAUAAUGGGAUUAAGUAAGGAAGAUGGGAUACUAUAUAUUAAAAUAAAAAAAUGUAUAAAACUCUAUUAUCUAAGUGGCGGGGGUUAAUUUGAUGAAAAAGGCAAAAAGUUUGGAUAGUGGAUUGAUCUAGACUCAAAAUUUAAUGAUUCUUGGCUUGGUUGUUGCAAAACAGUUUAUUUAAGAGAAUAUGAAAAUGGUAUCCUAAAGUCUGUAGGUUAGAAAUAGGAGAUUAUUUGAUUUCAUAUGUUGA